AUGGCCAAGACAGCGCUCUCCGUCCUUUUGCCUCUUCUGCUAACGGGAGGCGCUGCUGCGUUUGGCUGCCAGUACAUUAGCUACACCACUUGCGCAGACCACAUUGUUCACUGGUACGACCCGGAUGACGGCCGGGUCUGUGAUCCGCACGACUGCGGUGGCGGCCGAGCCCCCCCGAGAAAGGAUGUUCCCGGAUGUGCGUUCUACACGGGGACCGAGUCGUUGAGGACGGAGCCGUCGUAUCUCCCCUGCUGGACGCCUUCGACGGCUGCCGUGGCUGUCUCGACGGACCGCGAGAGCAGCGUCGGAUCGUGGGCAGAGUCGACACCCACAAACACCGACGUUGAUGCCCCGUCGAAAGAGAUGUCGACCGGCUCUUCCGCUCCCGCUUCGACUGCGGUUUCUGUUGUUCCCCUGACCAGGACAACAGCGUCAUCUUCUUCAGUUGGCUCCGUUUCCGAUGGCGUCGCUGCGCCUCCGUCGACGACGACUCUGCCGGCUGCGUUGUCGACGACGCCUCCUGCCAGUGGUGCCACCACACCGAGAAACGGCACGGGGAACAACACUGCGCUCACGGCCACGGGCGACGCUGGAAGUCUGGUUGGUGGAUCCAAGAUGGCUCUUGUUGCUGGUGUCAUUGGUGGUUUUGCCGUGCUGCGAUGGGCAUGA